CAAAAUAAAUGAAUAAAAGCCAAGUUCAAUAUUCACUACAUUAAGUAGCUAUGUCAGUUUGGCAAUUAUGUACAAACAUCCACGGCGUUGCUCCAAUAAGAGCAUGCAAUCAAACCGAACCCAAAGCGCCUGCUCGUACCAGACCCAGGGUUAGCCCUCAGCUAAACCGCUGGUCCAGGGCCCGCUCCAUACGUUCUGGUCGAAAGUUGGACCGCCCGGUUCCCCGAACCCAGACUCUGGAAUCCACUCCUGCUACAUCGCCACCACCUCCGUCGCAUCCGUUUUCUCCCCCUCUCGACUCAGACUACGCCGACACUCUCGAUGGCGGCGCAGAAAGCACGGCCUCUAAGACCAUCUACAUCGUAUCCGACGGCACCGGCUGGACCGCCGAGCACUGCGUUAACGCCGCUUUGGGGCAGUUCGAUUACUGCUUGGUCGACCAUGGCUGCCCCGUCAACACCCACUUGUUUUCUGGGAUUGAUGAUGCUGAGAAGUUGUUAGAGAUAGUAAAGCAAGCAGCAAAGGAGGGUGCUUUGCUUGUGUACACUUUGGCUGACCCAUCCAUGGCUUCAUCUGCUAAUCAAGCUUGCAACUUGUGGGGUGUGCCUUCCACUGAUGUCUUGGGUCCCAUCACUGACGCCAUUUCUUCUCAUUUGGGUGUCUCUCCUUCCGGCCUCCCUCGCGGCGCCUCCGGUAGGAGCUUCCCACUCUCCGACGACUACUUUCGCAGGAUUGAAGCUGUAGAAUUCACCAUCAAGCAGGAUGAUGGGGCUUCCCCGGGGAAUUUGGACAAGGCUGACAUUGUCCUCACCGGAGUUUCGCGAACCGGGAAGACGCCCUUGUCCAUUUAUCUGGCUCAGAAGGGGUACAAGGUGGCUAAUGUGCCAAUAGUGAUGGGUGUUCAAAUUCCAAGGACUCUAUUUCAGGUGGAUCAGAAGAAGGUUUUUGGCUUGACUAUAAAUCCAGUUGUCUUGCAGAGUAUUAGAAAAGCAAGGGCUAAAACUAUGGGGCUCACUCCAGAAUCAAGGACUAAUUACUUUGAUAUGGAUUAUGUUAGAGGGGAGCUUGAAUUUGCAGGAAAGCUCUUUGCUCAGAAUCCUUCUUGGCCAGUUAUUGAUGUGACUGAAAAAGCAAUCGAAGAAACUGCGGCUGUUGUACUGAGGCUUUUCCAUGACAGGAAGCAUAAGUGUACAAUGCCUAGGAUCUCAAAACGCUAUUAGAGAUCACAAUUUUCUAAAGCACCAGAAUUGUAUCCUGCUAUCUCAGUUUCAUAAUAUCAGUGACUGAAAUUUUGGUACAUUCAUAAUAUCCAGGUACAGUUUGAGUUAUGAAUAUACUAAAUUUUCAAAGUAAUUGAGAAACUGUUACGUGUUACAAUCCAGAGUCUGGUGAUUAGGUACAAUCAUUUAGAACUACUUGUGAGUGUAGAUGUUAGCUAAGAGGUAUGUUUCUUUACAUGUCAUAUCAAUCUACGUUAUGUGGUGGCAUGUAACUAUCAAUUUUCAAAGCUUAUAUGUUAUUUAAGAAAGAAUGCUUCUUGAUCUACCACGAUGAAUGUUGAACAGUCUUAGUAGGCCCUGCUAAAGAGAAAAAGGUGUUUUGAUACGGUGAACCUAACUGUCAAUUGCAAAGCUGCAAUCAUCAAUAUAUUUGGUGAAUUACUCUUUCGUGAAAAA